AGCUUGGAAGAACUUGCUGUCACGUUCAUUUCCGAGGCAAUAGAUAGCAUCAAACCGACGGUGCUCAAACCCGCGGCACCCUUAAAUACACGACAGGAGAUGUUUCAGAAGCAGCUGAAGCUUGAACAGUACAUUGCACGAAGCAAGGAACUUAUUGCGGAGCUCAGCCAGGCGCAGAGCAAGGAGGAGAAAGAAAAUAUCAUGUGCGCUGUUCGUGAAUGGAGCAGGUAUGUG